GUGAAGUGAAACAAAAACAGAGCAAAAUGGCAAUAAUAUCUCAGUUUUUUGCUCCAUUACCAUCUCUCACCGGAACCCUAACCCUAACCGGUCGUUCUUUUCUCCCUCUAAACCUUGAUACCCAAUUCCCAAAACCUAGACUUUCCAGGGACAGAGCCGCCACACUCGUACUCCAAUCCAAGGGUGAUGAUUCCGUCGAUGCAUCGGAUCGGAUAAUCUCAGCCGUCUGUUACUUCUACCCAUUCUUCGAUGGGAUUCAAUACGGCAAAUUCAUCAUCACACAGUACCAACCUUUUCAGAUUCUCAUCCAACCUUUGUUUCCCGCCAUCAGAGCUUUCAAGAGCUUCCCUUUCAAUGGGUUUCUUAUCUUCAUCACUCUCUACUUCGUCGUUGUGAGGAACCCUAAUUUCAGCAGGUACGUCAGGUUCAACACGAUGCAGGCGAUUGUGCUUGAUGUGUUGUUGAUUUUCCCGGAUUUGCUUGAGAGGAGCUUUAAUCCUAGAGAUGGGUUUGGUUUAGAUGUGGUGAUGAGUUUGGACAGCACAGUGUUCCUCUUCUUGCUUGUCUCUUUGAUCUAUGGAUUCUCUGCUUGCUUGUUUGGUCUGACCCCGAGGUUGCCUCUUGUUGCCGAGGCUGCUGAUAGGCAAGUCCUUUGAUUCAAUAAUAUCUUUGUAUGUAACACAUUUGCUGUGAUUAAACCUUCUGUAUUGGAUCGCUUUCUGAUAAUCAAAACAUACAAUGUAACUUUUUGAUCCAAUGAAAAAGGUUUCUGC